AGCUUGAUGGUGUUGUUUCGUAUUAUCUAUAUCUAUUUUUUUUUUUUUUAUUCAACAUAGCUGAUUUUUUUUUAUAUAUAUUGUAGGAAUCUCGUGAUGGUGUCCAUGUCAUUACAGUGUUUUAAAAGGACCACGUUGUCCUAUUUUUUUAUGUGUAUUAUCAGUUUGUGUUUAUGAUUAAAAUUUAUCAAUAUAUAGCUAUAAUAAUAAUUAAUAAUUUAUAAAUAUAUAUUAUAUUAUAAAAAAAAUAAAAAGUAUUAUUAUUUGUUGAGUUCAUAUGUAGAAUGUCAGAAUUAAAACGCGUGGCUCCACAAACUUUGGAAUUUUCUGGCUCAUUGAACAAUGAUACCAAGAAAGACAAAAAAGGUGAUAAAGAUAAACAACAUGUUCCAACAUUUAGAUUUGAGCUGAUAAUUGAUCAUACUAAUGAAAAAGGAUAUACUGAAUUUCAUUAUGCUCGUUUAUUAAAAUCAGCCAAGAAAAAACGGAGUAAAGAAAGCAAAUCAACAGAAGAAAAUAUUGUCAAUGGAACAGAUUUAAUUAAUGAAGAUGAUGAUCAUGAUGAUCAUCAUGAAAAUGGUGAUGAUGGGGAAGAUGAUGAUGAUGAUGAUGAUAGCGACGAUGAUGAUGAACGUGAUGAUGAUGAAGAACGUGAUGAUGAAGAUGCAGAUGCUGAUGAUGAUGAAGACGAUGAGGAUGAUGAUGAUGAAGAUGAAGAUGACGCUGAUGAUGAUGAUGAUGAUGAUAAACUUCGUGAAGUAGCUAGACGCAUGGAAGCAAAAUAUGGAACAACAAAUGUUGGAAAUAAAAAAAAAUAUGAUGAUGUUGAUCUUGGGGCAGGAUAUGAUGAAAAUGAUUCAUUUAUUGAUAACACAGAUGCGUAUGAUGAAGUUGUGCCUGAAAAUGUAACCACAGCACUUGGUGGUUUUUACAUCAACAGUGGUCCUCUUGAAUUUAGUGUAAAGACUGCUCAGCGUAAUUCAAUAUCAAAUCAAAAUCACAAUAAUAAUAAUAGUAAUAAUAACAAUAAUAACAAUAACAAUAAUAAUAAUAAUGAUGGUGAUAGCAGUGAAAGUAGUGAGGAUGAUGUUGAAAACAGCAAUGAACCAUCAUCAAGAAGAAGAGAUAGAGAUAUUAUUUCUUCAAGUGAUGAUGAUAAUGAAGAGAAUACUGAAGAGCCUGUUGCCAAGAAAUCAAAAUUAGAAGAAAAUGGAGAUAAAAAAUCUAAUAAUGAAAAUACAAUUAAAAAAAUAAUAAAAAAUCCUGCUGAUCAAGAUGUUGAAAUUGUUAAUAAUAGUCAUAAAAAUUCUGAUGAUAAACAAAAUCAAAUGGAAAUUAUAAUAGAUGAUGAUAAUGGAAAAAAAAAUAAAUCUGAUCAUCGUCGACAUAAAGAUAAAAAAUUUGAUAUUAAAAAAUUUAUUAAAAAAACAAUUGUCAAUGGUAAUGAAGAAAAAAAAUUAGAUGUUAAAAAAACAGGUAGUGUAAAGGAUAGUAGUAUUGAUGCUGCUAUUGAAAGUGUUGUUAAUGAUGGAAAAAUUGAUGAUGAAUGUAGUCGUGAUACAUUAGAUUCUGGUAAAUCACGUUGUGUUGCUGGUACAUCAUCAGAAUGUGAAGAUACUGAUAAAUCAGAUUGUCCAUUACCUGAUAACUUGCCAGAGGAUAUUAAAGAAAUUGUUAAUAAAUUAAAAAAACAUGCUGAAAUUAAUAAAGAUGGAAAAGCUAAAUUUUUUGAUUCAUCUGCAAAUUCUUUGCUAUAUCGUUUGGAGACAAAAUUACGUCGUGAAUCAUUUGCAGUGAGAUCUCAAAUUUAUGGUCAUCUUGCACAUGUAUUUUCAUGUAGCAAAAUAACAUUAGUUAAUCGUGCCAAGAAACUUUGUAUUCAACAUGCUGAGAAUAAAGUUAAAGAACCUUUGGACAGAUUAAAAGUGAUCAUUGAUAAUAUCAUGCCAGCAGCAAUUGAAAGAUACAGCAAAGAGUGCCAGAGACUAGCAGAAGAAAAAGCACUUGAUCAGUCACCGUCAGAUGUUGACAGCAGUGAAGUUGAUGAUAAGCAAUCUGAUAAACAUAAAAUUCCUCGAAGAAGGUUUCCUUGGUCCACUGAAUCCAAAAAUUUGGUAUCUGAAAUUGCUAGUAUCUGGCGUGACUAUUUUAAAAUACGAAAACCAAGAAAAGAAAGCAUGGAAAUAUUUGUUCAAUCUUUUAUGGAAACAAAAGUAUUGCCUCUUUGGCCUUCAGGCUGGAUGAAUUUAAAUAUUAUAAUGAAAUACGCAAUGAAUGAGCCAGCUGUUAAACGAAAACAGAAAAAACAACGCGACCCAUCAAUCCUAAAUACUCUCCCAUCGUCCGCAGUGACAAAUUCGUCUUUAAGAUUGACUGAUACGUCAAAUAAAAUUAGCACAAUAUCAACAUCACAAGAAUCUGUCAAAUCACCAACAAAUACUAUUAAAAAUUCAUUGGAUAAUCCACUUAAUUAUUCAAUGACAUCAUCAUCAUCAAGUGGAAAAGUAUCUGAUGUUAUAAUUAAUGAACGAAAGCAUAGUAAUGCCAAUAAUAAUAAUACUAAUAAUAAUAAAAAUAAAGAUAAAAUUCGAGAGUCUUCUAAUACAUCUAAUUUACAAGAUAAUAGUGGUGUUCAUUCUUCAACAACACCACCAAAAAUAUCAGUUGUGCCAACGUCACAACUUAUGGCACAAAAAUCAUCAAAAAGUCAUAUUGAUAAAUUUAAUCCAAUGGAUUUGACAAGUAGUACAUUGUCAAUAACUCCAGUUAAUGAUUAUCAAAAAUUAAAUAAAGCUGGUAAUAGUAGUAGUAGUGGUGGUGGUGGUGGUGGUGGUAGUGGUUGUAGUGAGAUUAAAAAAGAUGUUGUAUCAAUAACACCAUACUCUGAUAUGUCAAAUACAGUUAAUACAACAAAUGAAACUAUAAUUAAUAAACCUGAUACAAUGUCUUCUUCAUAUUCAAUGGCUAAUCAAACUUCAAAACCAGUAUCAUUAAAACAAAGAAUACUACAAGAUAAUACAGAUACUAAAAUGGAAAAACGAAUAAUUGAUGAACGUGAUAUCGUACUUGAACAAACUCACAAGACUGAACAAAAAGAAAAAAAACGUGAUAGAUGGGUGGAUGAACAAAAACACAGAUCUCAUGAAUCAAAAAAGAAACGAAGAGAGCAUAAAAAUAUUGAACAUAAUCAUCAUCAUCAUCAUCAUCAUCAACAUCAACAACAUCAACAACAACAACAACAGCAGCAACAGCAGCAACAGCAACAACAACAAUUGAUGAAUAUUAAUCAUCAUGAUAUUGGAAAUUCUAGUAGUCAACAAGUAUCACAAUUAAUGAAAGAUGAACAAGAACAAAGACAAAUUGAAGAAACAAUGGCAGCAACAAAUUUUUUAAGUCAAAUAAUUAAUGAUGAUUUACCAAGAUCAACAAAUGAUAAACGAAAAGAUACAAAUUUAACUGAUGAAAGUAUUAGUAGUAUGAUUCAACCAAGUGAACAAGAAAAAGAUGUUCAAAUGGUCAUGAGAUCCUUGAAAGAAUUACAAGAAUUACAAGAAAUGAAGUAUUCACCAAGUCAUUCACCACAUCAAAAACCCAAAUCAAGUAAUCAGUAUGUUGGUUAUUCUGAUGAUUAUCAUCGUUUAUAUCAUAAAAAAGAUGACAAGUCAUUACGAUUAUCAAAAGAUGAUCAAUGGUAGUUGUGUAUUCAAAAAAUGCUUCCAAAUUGUUUUUUUUUUUUUCUUAAAAAAUUAUGACUGAUCCGUACCAACCCCAGUUUUUAUUUCUGAUUCUAGAAAGACUAGCUUGUAUUUAAAUGAAAAAAAGAAAAAAAAAGUAUUCAAGUAUUUUGAAAUUAUAUCCGAAUGAAUUGUACAUAAUAUAAAUCUAAAUAGUUGGUUGCUACAUAUUAUAUAUCUGACGAUUUGAUGAUGUACAGAAUUUUAAUUAUGGUGGAUAUAUGUGAAAAACAUUAAUAUCCAAAUUGAAUAAUAAUAUUAAAUAUUUAAAUUAAAUAAUCAGUCAAAAUAUAAAUGAAAAAAAAAAAUUAACAAAAUUAAAUAUUAUUACAGUGAUAUAUUUAUUUAAAAAUAUAAAAUUUUGAAAUGAUUUUUUUUUUUUUAUCAUGCAAAAACAAUUUUUAAUUAUUUUAAUACAGUUUUUUUUUUAAAUUUUCUUUCAAUUGAUUUUAAUGAAAAAAAAUUGCCAAAGGCUUUAACAAAUUAACAAAAUUGUCAUGAAAAUUUUGAUGACUAAAUUUCUAAUAAAUUGGAAAAUGAUUUAUUUAUUACAAAUAAUUUUAAUAAUACUAUUAAGUACAGAGAUGAUAAAAUUUUAAAAUACAAUUGUCAAACAGUUUUAUUUUUAAUUAAUUUUUUUUUUGAUUGGUUUUAUUGAGUUGUUUGUAUUAUUUUUUAAGCUACCAUUUGAGAAUAAUUAUACAUUGAGAAUUAUUGGUUGACUAAGAUUAUUAAAAUAUAAGUUUUAAAAUAUUUUUUUAUUAUUAUAAAUUAUUAUUAUUUAUUUUCUUGAAUUGAUGAAUUUUUCUUUUUUUUUUUUUUUGUUUCAAAUAAGGCUGACAUACAUAAAAAUAUCAACGAUGAUUGUAAAUAAUGGAUAAUAACAACCAUCAUCUGGUUCUACAAAAUAAUAUUAAAUUGCAUGUAUAUUUUUUUUUGAUAAAAUAUUAUUAUUAAAAAAUACAUGUAAAUAAUAGUUACGAAUAUCAUUUUCAAUUUGCAUCAUGAUAAUAUUUUCACUAAUUGUUAAAUGAGUCAUUGUCAAACAAAUAUUAAAGACAUUUGUGCAUGUACGAAAAAGCCAAC